AUGAAGAUGACUACAUCAGCCAAAUCUAUUCAUGAAUUUGUCAACGAAGAGAACCCUUUCUUUGACAACUACGGCAAGGAGUCGGAAGGGGACUUUCUGAUUGAUGGUGAUACUUUUGCCCAAGAUAAGUUCAAUAACUCGAACAAUCUUAUGUAUUCACCAAUAUCUGUUGAAUCGGUGACUCUGUCGCCUAAUGAAACACCUUCUCCAAACAAUACGUUUUCAUUACCAGAGAAGCGCAAGAUUGCUUCUCCUGACCGUGAGAACUCGGAGGAGCCUGUUCAAGUUAAGUCUGAGGCUAAUACUGAAAGCGACAAUAUCAAGUCAAAGGCCGCAAAGGCCGAUGCUUCAAGUACAGUGUCUUCUUCUAAGGUAGCUGCAGCAGCUGCCGCAGCUGCCAAGAAGGCUGGUAGAAAGCCUGAAGAGAAGGAACCUGAAAACAAGCGUAAAGCUCAAAACCGUGCCGCUCAGCGUGCUUUUAGAGAGCGAAAGGAAAGACAUUUAAAGGAACUUGAAGAUCGUGUAUUACAAUUGGAAAAUGAAGCCACUGCUACUAAUGAUGAAAAUAACUUUUUGCGCUUACAAGUUGAACGGUUACAGGAAGAGUUGAAGAAAUAUCGUCAAACUAGCAAGGGAGGAUUGAACCCAAAUGUUCCUACUAACACUAAGAACACUGUUCUACUUAAUCAGGACCUUGGUGGCUCAACUGCUACUCUCGGCAGCACAGGAGCUACAAAGCCGUUCACAUUCGAGUUCCCAUUCUUUUCUAAUGGAGACAAGAAGCGACCUUCUGGUUCAAGUGUGAACAGUAUUAACAGUGCCACCAGCGGCAAGUUCCAGUCUAGAAAGAGCGGUACUAGCGAAUCACCAUUUGGAUCUAUCUCGAGUGCAUCUCCUAUGUCGGCAGCGUCAUCUUCUCCUGCUACUAGUGUUGACUCUUUCAGAAGAUCGUCUAGUUUAGGUGAACCCCAGCCAGAUGAGUUUUGUGAUCAGUUGUCUCUUGCAUGCGGUACUAAGGACCACCCAGUGCCCAAGGCCCCGAGUGCCAAGGGAUCUCCAGUUGUGAUCACAGCGGGAUCUAUUCCAUGGACUUCUUCUGCAUCCCCUCAAGUGGUUGCUGGCGGAGGAGCUGGUAAUACUGGAGCCAUGACAAGCUCAACGUCUUCAAGAACUCCACCAGGAUCAGGACUUGGUGGAAUCUUCUCGCCAUCAGAGUUUGACGUGGAUUUCAUUAGUGAAUACAGAGACCCGUUGUUUGACGGUGAGCAGUUCACACUCCCUGAGCUGGCAACUUCAGAAUAUAGCAUGUUUGACCCACUAGAGAACCCCAUUGCAAACACUGCCUUUGAGAUGCUUAAUAAGAACGCGGACUUGGUUAAGGAACAAGGGACCAACAACUCUUUUGCUGUUCCUGUGGUACCGGGUGUCGAUGCCGGUGUAGAUCCACUGGCUGACACAGUACCUAGUGUCGGCGCAGGCGCCGCUGAUGAGGAGACUGUUCCUGCAAAUCCAUCCAAACUCAUGAACUGUACUGCUGUAUGGGACCGCAUCUGCCAACAUCCAAAGUUUGGUGAUAUUGAUAUUGAUGGAUUGUGCCAUGAACUACGUGCAAAGGCCAAGUGUUCUGAGACUGGUGUCUUGCUGACCGAGAAGGACGUUGACAAGGUUCUCAACGCUUUCAGCUGA